AUGGAGCUUUUAAUUUUCGGGCGAUCGGUUACCAAAUCCAGACUUCACAUUAUCAUCGGUGGACUGACCUUGCUUGUCUUUAUUUUGACAAUUGCACGCUUGGCCGUCAAAGGAACACCAUCAACCAGGGCGAAUACAUGGGGGAUUGCGGUGUGCCUCAAGUCAGGAGUUUUUCUCGCCUAUCAAUUGCUGACAACCCAUGUCGAACGAUUCAAGAAAUGGGCGAGUACGAAAGUAAAUAUGAUCUUAAAUAUUGUUGACACUGUUUUCUGGCUUGCACUGUUUAUUAUCACCAUCAUGGGGUCGAUAGGGGCCGCUAGCGAGGCUAGUCGUGCGUUAGGUGGCAUCAUAGCCACGUUGGCUGCUACGUUGCUUGGCUUCGGUGGAAUGCUUUCUUAUAUUUCUAUUCUUGAGCGGCGCUAUUACAAACAACAUUCAUUUCUACCAUCAGACAUUGAAGGAAAAUGA